AUGUCUGCGAACAACAAUAAUCCGCUAAAGAACUCUCCUUUUGGACAUUCUAUACCACCAAACCCUACUGCGCAUGUACAGUCGCAUACACAGUCCCAAACUCAACGACCCUCUGGAUCUCCCUUCACGAAUCAAUUUCAGGUUUCCCAGUUCGCUGCGACCCAUGCCCAAGCCAUUGCUCAAGCCCAGUCAAAAGUUCAGGCUAAAGCUGCAGCUCAAGCUCAGGCUAACCAUGCCCAAUUCCAAGCCCAGCUCCAAGCUCAAGGGCUAGCACCUAGCCAAUCCCAUGGAUCUUUGGCAACUAAUUCACCCUCUUUUCCAUCAACUAUUGCAAGCACAAAACGAAUGCCUCAAAAACAAAUCGGAAGGCCACCUGGAGUAUCAAAUCCAAAUACCAUUUCUCCCAUGAGGACCAUGGAACUUACACCAGCCCCUCGUAACAAAAAGAAGCAGAAACUUUCAGGGAAACAGUUACAAGAAAGAGUGGCAGCAAUUCUCCCACAAUCUGCUCUAUACACGCAGCUUCUUGAGUUUGAGUCGCGUGUUGAUGCUGCUUUAGUGAGAAAGAAGAUAGACAUUCAAGAAGCGAUCAAAAACCCACCUUGCAUUCAGAAAACCCUUCGAAUCUAUGUUUUUAACACAUUCUCUAAUCAAAUUCAUACAAUUCCCAAGAAGCCAAACACUGAGCCGCCUACGUGGACAAUGAAGAUAAUAGGGAGAAUACUAGAAGAGGGAAUGGAUCCUGAUCAAGCUGGAUUGAUUUCAAAGCCAAACCCCAUUUACCCAAAGUUUUCAUCUUUCUUCAAAAGAGUUACUAUUUCAUUGGACCAAAGACUGUAUCCUGAUAACCAUAUGAUAGUGUGGGAUAGUUCUAGAACACCAACACCUCAUGAAGGGUUUGAAGUCAAGAGAAAAGGCGAUAAAGAGUUCAUGGUGAAUAUACGUUUGGAAAUGAAUUACACGCCUGAAAAAUUUAAGCUUUCGGAUCCUCUAAUGGAAAUUCUUGGAAUUGAAGUUGAUACCCGACCAAGAAUUAUAGCUGCAAUAUGGCAAUAUGUCAAGGCUAGAAAGUUACAGGAUGCAGAUUCUCCUUCCUAUUUUAAUUGUGAUCUACCCCUUCAGAAAAUAUUCGGGGAAGAAAAAAUGAAAUUUUCCAAUGUCUCACAGAAGAUUUCAACCCAUUUAUCCCCACCACAACCUAUACAUUUGGAACAUAAAAUCAAGCUAUCAGGAAACAAUCCAGCUGGAAAUGCAUGUUAUGAUGUAGUGGUGGAUGUUCCUUUUCCAGUACAAAAGGAAUUGAAUGCUUUGUUGGCUAACAUUGAGAAAACCAAAGAGAUUGAAGCUUGUAAUGAAGCAAUAUGUUCAACAGUACGAAAGAUAAACGAGCAUCGAAAAAGACGAGCUUUUUUUCUUGGAUUUAGUCAAUCACCCGUUGAAUUUAUUGAUGCUUUGAUUGAAUCUCAAGGCAAAGAUCUAAAGUUUCUUGCAGGGGAAGUAAGCCGUAGUGAUGAAAGAGAGCAUCGAGCUGAUUUCUAUAACCAACCCUGGGUUGAGGAUGCAGUUAUUCGUUACCUAAAUCACAAACCAGCUACAAAGCCCAUGGAAGCACAUAAUCAGUAGUGUGGGAAUAAAGGUAGUUUCUUUUGAAUGUUACUAUGAAGGUUUUCUUUUGGUAUUGAUAUGCAUAAAUAGCCAGAGGUGUAGCUGCAUUUUUCCAAGUUCAGACCUCUGUAAUUCGGGUUAUAUCUUGUUUUCUAGCUUAGAAUGUAGUGUAGGGUUUCCACU